AAUGCUGUGUGUUAACAGGUGGGCACAGCUGGGCGCAGGUGUUCUACGUGCUGCUGUAAGUUGUUGGGGAAGGUAAGUAACGCGGUCUGGCGGCCUUCCCCACAAAAGCGACCUAUAUAAAUAGCUUCAGUUGCGUCGCGUGCGACAGUUGAUUCAUAGCCUUCAUUACAAGCACACACACGACAAGCUGAAGAUGCAAAUGGAUUUACUGCUGCUCCUCCUCCUGCUGCUGCUGGGCAACUGUGCGGCUGUCAUCCUGGAUAGAGUGGAUGGCGGGCGUGUGCCGCGGGUGGUGGGCGGCCAGCGCAUUGAGGUGAACACGCAGCCGCAUAUGGUGAACAUCCGACGACGCGGUGACUUUCAGUGCGGCGGCUCCUUGGUGAGUCCACGUUGUGUGCUCACCGCCGCCCACUGUCUGCAGGCACAGGAACACCAGCCGGCGGAUUAUGUGGUGCGCGGUGGUGUGACCUACUUGAGGGAUAUGCGGAAUGCGCGCUAUGUGAAUCGGAUACUGCUGCCGAGUGGCUAUAAUCGGAGCACGUUGGAUCAGGAUGUGGCACUGCUGCAGCUGCAGAAUCCGCUGCAGGGAGCACACAUUGAGCCUAUACGUCUGGCGAGGCAAGCGCCACGAGCCGGCAGCUAUGUGCGAAUCUCCGGCUGGGGUCUGACCGACGAGCGUUCCCGCCAGCUGCCCAAUCAGCUGCACAGCGUCCAGGUGAAGGUGCUGUCGCGCCCCAAAUGCCAGCAGCUAUAUCAGGGCUACAGAAAUCUGACGGCGAGCAUGUACUGCGCCUCGGUGGCUGGCCACAAGGAUGCCUGCGACGCAGACUCCGGCGGGCCGGCGGUCAAUGCCGAGGGUCAGCUGGUGGGCAUUGUCUCCUGGGGCCGGGCGGAUCGCUGCGCACGCGAGGACAGCCCGGGCGUGUACACGAGCGUGCCGCAUCUAUACGACUGGAUAGCACACAAUAUGCGCAGAUAUUGCCACUGAGCACCGUCUCCUCCUGUCUCCGUCUCCGUCUGCACUUAGGAUUAGUUAGGCCGUUGAGUAUUAAAGUGAAAACUAGCCCUGAU